AUGGCGGAGAAUACAGAAGGAACAGUUUUUGAGUUCGAUCCACUUCAAACACCAGUACAAAAUAACAACAUCGAAAUUUCGUAUCAAGAAUUUGUUAGAAGUCUUUCAGAAGGUUAUAUGGAGAAAGAUAUCACAAAGCAAUUUCAUGAUUUAUCUGAUGGCAUCAUAGGAUUAAAUAACAAACUUGAAAAAGAGCUUUUCAGAGUUCAGAACAGCCUUGUUGUAAAUCAAGCAAAUACAAUUUGUACAUUACCUUUACUUGCAGGUCGUGAAGUAGAAUGCAUUUCACCAAUACAACCUGCCGCAUGGAUCCAAGGCGAAGUCGGUGGCAUGUAUGACCCUGUAAAUGAUAAAGUUUGUUUGAAUUGUGUUGGCCAUUGGGAAGGAAAUGCGAGGUCACUCAAUCACUUCCUCUGGCAAUCAAUUACAACACCAUGCUUUAUUUUCUUCCAUGCUAUUGCUGUUAUUUCCAUUAUUAUUGGUUUUCUUGUUGGCUACCUUAAUACAAGUUUCAAAGACGAUCCAAGCUACAGAUCAAGAAUAAUAGGUAUUGUAGCUGGUAUUUCAGCUGCCUACGAUAUCGCCUGCGUUAUUGUUAUUUUAAUUCUUGAAAGUUUCUUCCCAGAUGAUCCAGCACCAUUCGAAGCUUCCCAGGUUCAAGAGCAAGUCGUUCAGGUGGUUUCUACGGCAAUAGAUACAAUUGCAGCGGAAAUUUCGCCCGAACAUAAAUCUCUUGCUACAAAUGAAGAAGAAAUGGACAAUCCUCAAUUGGUUAGCCAUUACAUCCUCAUUUUCUUCUACGAAACAGGCAAAACAGUGCUUGCAAACUUAUUAAAACCAGCAGGACCGUUUUCUGAGAAGAAAAUACCACAAAUUGAAUGGCCAGAGUUCGAAAGAUUCCUUUCUUUCUUCAGAUUCCUCAGAGAAAUUUCAGAUGCCGAAAUCCAAGCUUAUGAUCCAAUUCCAGAUUUGACAAGGAAAAAAGUUUUCAAGGUUCUCCUCAUCGCCCUAGAACGUGGAACCCCAAAAGUCCAUUUCCAGCUCCUCAGAUUACUUGCUUUGGCACUUGAGCCUCCGAAUAUCAGAAUGCAACACGUAGAAGAGAAUACAAAGGACAUAAACCUCACACACUAUUUGACAGCAAGCUCUGUUCGCUCUCUUAUUCACGAUAUCAAGGUCGAUCUUACGAAAUGGAAGUCAUCGAAGACUCCAGCUCAGUUUGGAUCAAUUGAGAACCAGGCAAGAAUAGAAGUCGUUGUUUCCAAGUCAUCUGAUGAACAGUUGGUUACAUUCAGGUCUCAUGCUUCAAGACUCAGCUCAACUUACAUCGAAUUCGGAUAA